GCGGCCAUGGCAGACUCUCAACCCGCGUCCGGCGGCCUCACUGACGAGGCCGCUCUCAAGUGCUGCUCCGACGCAGACCCCAGCACCAAGGAUUUUCUGCUGCAGCAGACAAUGCUUCGAGUUAAAGAUCCUAAGAAGUCAUUGGACUUUUAUACUAGAAUUCUUGGAAUGACGUUGCUCCAAAAGUUAGAUUUCCCUACUAUGAAAUUUUCACUCUAUUUCUUGGCUUAUGAGGAUAAAAAUGACAUCCCCAAAGAUGGAAAUGAAAAAGUAGCAUGGGUGUUCUCCAGAAAAGCCACACUUGAACUGACACACAAUUGGGGCACUGAAGAUGAUGCAACCCAGAGUUACCACAGUGGCAACUCAGAUCCUCGAGGAUUUGGUCACAUUGGAAUAGCUGUUCCAGAUGUACAUGGUGCUUGUAAAAGAUUCGAAGAACUGGGAGUCAAAUUUGUGAAGAAACCCGAUGAUGGUAAAAUGAAAGGUCUGGCAUUUAUUCAAGAUCCUGAUGGCUACUGGAUUGAAAUUUUGAAUCCUAACAAAAUGAUAAAUAUCAGUUCCUGA